GCACAGAGCAUCUGUGCUGUGGCAACAGGAAUGUUUGGCAUGAUCCCAAUCCUGGGACUGGUUCAUGGAUGUUCUUCAGCUUCAAGGUUCUUGCGUAACUGUUUUCUCUGCAUUGGAAACAGCUGCCAAAAGGAACACAAGCAAAGUCUGGCUCCCUGUUUGGCCAGCACCUCCAGCCACACCACAAGGAACUUGAUCACAGUUUGGGAGCAAUGUGACAGGAUAACCUGUGUUGUACAAGCUGCUCUUCUCAGGGCUCACCUCUGUCCUUCUGUAUCCUGCCCAGCCCUGUGGGGCUGAUUCCCAGAGCAGUGUGUAGUACUUGUGAGGGUCUUUUCAUCCCUGUGGAGUUGCCUGUGGGGAAGAGCCUUGUCCUUAGUCCUUUAUGACUUCUGACACCAAGUCUGAUCCAGGUCUUACCCAAGCUCUCCCUCACCCACCUACCUCCCUGCCAUGGUUGCUUCCACCUUGCUCUGCCUCUUUCCCAGUGGGAAUGCCAUGUGGAGCAGGGGCUCUUUGCAGAGCAAACAAGCACAAGGAGAGCUCUUCCAGGCUGCCUGCCACCCCUCUCCUGAGCCUAGUCUGUGCUGGUGAUUGCACCUAGCAGCUGAAAACAAGCUCUUGGGAGGUGGCAAUGAGGAGCUGCCAAGCCAGGCUAUUUAUACCAGGUUAUUCAGGACUGUGUCUGAGCCCAGCCAGAUGCAGGGGAGCUGGAAUCCAGGAGCAACCUGCAAAGGAGAAACCCUUGAACAAGAGACUCUUUGCUGCAAUAGCUCUUUUACUGCGUGGCUCAGACUCCUCAGUGUGAGGUCCCACCACAGUGAGCACAGCCUGAGCCCACACAGUUGGGAAUACCAGCAGAGCCGCCUGGAGCCACUGGAGUGCCGGGAUCUGCUGGUCCAGAAUGCACUCUUCACUGGAGACCUGGCCAUGGUGCAGAAGUACUUCACCAAGAGUGCAGCCAUCAAUCUCAUCAUUGAGACCAGGGGCGAUGUGCUGCGCUGGACUAGCAGUAAACGUGGACUGUGGUCACUGAGCUAUCAGCAGGAGCUCACCACACCUCUGCACAUCACGGCCAGCCGUGGCUACACCGACUGCCUGCGGCUCCUGCUGCUCCGCGGCGCUGCCGUGGACUUUGCUCCGGGGGGCAAGACAGCCCUGCACGAGGCUUGUGCAGCUGCCAGCACUGACUGCGUGCGCCUGCUGCUCAGCUCUGGGGCUGAUCCUGAGGCUGUCUCCGAGGAUGGCUACAGGCCCCUGCACCUCUGCAAGAGCUCUGACUCCAUUGAGUGUGUCCGACAGCUGCUGCAGCAUGGUGCCAGUGUGAACAGUCAGACGGAGGAGGAGAACGACACAGCACUUCAUGUGGCAUCACGGCACGGCCUGGCAGAGCAUGUCCAGCUGCUUCUGCACCACGGGGCUGAAUUGGAGGUCAAGAACAAGGAGGGGCAAACACCACUGAAUGCUGCCUGUGCUCAGCACCAUCAGCCCCAGGACAUGGACCGCUACUACCGGGUCUGCCAGCUGCUGGUGGAGAGCGGUGCCAGUAUCAACACUGCAGACCGGGACCGGCAGCACCCGCUUCACCUGGCCUGCAAGAAUGCCAAUGCUCAAAUUGCAGAGUUACUGCUGGCCCGGGGUGCUAAUGUCAAUGUCAUGAACUACGGUGGCAACACGGCCCUGCACAACAUCCUGCAGGUAGCUGCCUACAAGCUGGAGCAUCGCCCGGAGCUUGUGGUGCGAGCGCUGCUCAACCACGGAGCCGUCCGCAUCUGGCCGGGCUCCCUCCUCAAGGUGCUGCGGUACUGCCACACCUGCCCGCGUGUCAUCGAGGUCCUGGUGAACAGCUACACCCACGUGCGUGUCUCUGAGGACUGGGUGGAAGCAGUUCCAGUAGAGGUUGUACAGAAAUACCCAUGUUUCUACCAGUCGCUUUUCUCGCUGGGACACAGACCUCGCUCCUUGCAGCACCUGGCUCGCUGCACUCUCAGGAUCCUCCUGGAAGGCCGGCUGCUUCUGGUCCUGUCCCAGCUACAUCUGCCAAGUGCCCUGCACCAGUUCCUGCUGCUCGGCUUUGAGGACGUUCUCUACUAGGGGUGGCAAUUCCAGUCCUGCUGUGCCUCUCUGUGCAGGUGUUCCACCCCUGCCAAUGCAGUCUGUGCUUUCCCAACUACCGCCUUCCCCUCACCCCACUCCUGCCUGGCCACACCAGCUCCCUGUGCCAAGCCUGUUGCUGUGUCCCAGUCCCAGCCAGCCUUGUACUCUGCGCCAUGCACCUGUUUUGGAGCAUUCUGUUUGUUCAUACUAAUCCAGACAGACUCCAGGCCAACAAAAGGAGGUAUGGGAAUUAGGGCAUGUUGUGGUACAAGGAGCAAUGACACUGCAUGGAUCGCAGGCUUAGUAGUAGGAUAUCAGUUUCCCUCUCCCAAAUCCAAAUACUCUAGCCUGUACUAGGCAGCACUGGUACACUGGGUGAUUGCUGUGAUGCUGUCUUUAGUAAAGUUGCUUAGUCUGUACCCAAAGGUGUUUAGAAUAAAUCCUGUUCUCUUUAUACUUA